UAACGUUACUAAAAUUAAACGCCAUCUCUCUCUUACCUUUCCCCACCCUCUCUUUUCCCACCCUGUGCCUGGCUUCUUCCUAAGGCAGGGAGACUCUUCUCUGCCUUAGACAAAUCGUUCUCUAUUUUCCUCCUCCUCCUCCUCUCUUCUCCUUCUCCUGUAUUCUAAUUUAUAUACUAUGGCAUUUCAAGACUUCGAUCUCAUCACCGAGAAAAGAAAAAAUGAUAGGAAACAAAAGCUCAAGCGCAGAAUCGCCAUUGGCGCAGUUUGCACCAUCGUCAUCAUUGGUCUAAUAGGAGCAGCCGCUUUCGUAAUCGUGAGCAAUAAUAAUGAAGAAGAAAGCGAACUCAAUGACCAUAACAAGAAAUCCCCACCAUCUUCCUCCAAGGGUAGCCCCAACAGCAACUCCAACCAGAUUUCUGUAGCAGAGAAACUCGUGAAGACCAUUUGCGAUAUCACCGACUACAAGGACAAAUGCGAGACAAGUCUUGACAAGGAAGUGAAAAAGGAUCCUAAAAUCGCACAACCCAGAGAUGUCCUCAAGCUUGCCAUCGGCGUUGCUGCGGACGAGCUCAAUAAGGCCCUAAAUAAAACCAAGGACCUCAACUUUCUAACCGAUAAAGAGAAAGGGGCUUACGAAGAUUGCAAGAAGCUUUUGGAUCGCGCAAAAGACGAUCUCGGGAAUUCAUCCUCACAUGUUGGAUCCAUUGACAUGAACAAGCUCGCGUUAUCCUCUUCGGAUUUGAAUAGUUGGCUAAGUGCAGUUAUCUCGUUCCAGGGAGCUUGCCUCGAUGGGUUUUCUGAAGGGAAACUGAAGACAGAAAUGCAGAGUGCUUUUCAGGAUUCAAUGGAGUAUGUUAGCAAUUCUCUUGCCAUUCUAUCGCAGUUAGGCUCCGUGGUUUCUUCAGCGCUAAAGGAAGGUGCUAACCGUCACUUGCUGUCGACCGAUGAUAAAGGUCUUCCGGAGUGGAUGAACGAUGAGGAUCGAAGGAUGUUGAAGGCCGCAGAUGAUAAGCCUACCCCUAACGUCACGGUGGCUGGCGAUGGCAGUGGAGACUUCAAAACCAUCUCCGAAGCCUUGAAAGCCAUACCACAAAAAUACGAUGGGCGGUAUGUGGUUUAUGUUAAAGCAGGAACAUAUGACGAGACAGUGUUAAUAGAAGAGCGAAUGGUAAACCUAACCCUUUACGGUGACGGAUCACAAAAAAGCAUAAUCACCGGCAACAAGAACUUCGUAGAUGGAGUAAGGACUUUCCAAACCGCAUCAUUUGCCGUAGAAGCAGAUGGAUUUCUAGGAAAAGCAAUGGGGUUCAGAAACACAGCAGGUCCAGAGAAGCACCAAGCGGUUGCAGCAAGAGUGCAAGGAGAUCGUGCGGUGUUUGUCAAUUGUCGUUUCGAAGCGUUCCAAGACACUCUCUAUGCCCUAGCCCACAGGCAGUUCUACCGGAGCUGUGUGAUCUCAGGCACGGUCGACUUCAUCUUCGGCGACGCAGCCGCCAUCUUCCAGAACUGCAUAAUGAACAUAAGAAAACCCUUAGACAACCAGCAGAACAUAGUGACAGCACAAGGCAGAAUGGACCCACGAGAAACCACGGCCAUCGUUCUGCAAGGCUGCCAGAUCAAGGCCGACGACUCACUCGCCCCCAUGAAAGACAAUUUCAAGAGCUACCUCGGCAGGCCGUGGAAGGAAUACUCCAGAACCGUUGUCAUGGAAUCCGAGAUCGAUGAUAUCAUAGACCCUGAAGGGUGGAUGGAAUGGGAAGGUGACUUCGCACUCAGCACUUUGUUCUACGCUGAGUUCAACAAUACCGGAGCCGGCGCGAAUACUGAUAAUAGAGUGAAGUGGCCUGGCUACAAAAAAAUCAGUAGGGACGAGGCUAGCAACUUCACCGUCGACUCUUUCUUGGCCGGUAAUUGGAUCUCCGGGAUCAACGUACCGGUUCAGCGAGGCUUGUACAACUAAGCGGUAGCUUAAUCGGGUGGUGCAGUUCACUGUACUGCGGCGGUGGGGUCUUAGUCUGGUUUUUAUGCUGUACGUUCGUACGUGCUCAAUCCAUCGAUCGGAACUGCUAGCAAUUAUUUGUUGUUUCCCCAUUUUGAUGAAUCAUGUGCAUAUUGUUAUGGUUAUUGCGAUGAUGGUUGGGUAAGAAAAUUUUGCGUUACAUCACCUAAACGUUUCAAGGUAAAGUCAAAUAAUAUACAAACAGUUCUGUUGUUUUUCGUUGAAAAA